AGAUCCAAAAAUCAUUAUUAUAAUUAUGUCUUUGUUUCCUUCUCCGUAGGCCAUACAUUAACAGUAGAAAAAACACCAAACCAAAACAAAACAAAACUAAAGUCCUCAUAAUAAUGGAUUCUCGUUUUCUCAUCUUACCUUGUCUACACAUGUUCCUCUUCCUCUUCCUCUCUCAGAUUCAUCUUCUCUAAGAUUUUGGAAUACUAUAUCAAAAAAUUUGAGAUUUGGAUGGGGCAUUUAUCUUCUAUGUUCAAUGGUUUGGCAAAGUCAUUUUCGUUAAGGAAAGGAGGGAAUUCUGUGAGAUGUGAAAGGAGAGAAGCUGUUGAAGAAAUGGCGAAAGAAGCUAAGAAAAAUGAUUUGAUUUUGUGUAGCUCUGGUGUUGUUAAUGUUGAUGGUUCAAACAACUUUGCUUCAGUUUUCUCCAAAAGAGGUCAGAAAGGAAGCAACCAAGAUUGUUGCAUAGUUUGGGAGGAAUUUGGAUGCCAAGAUGACAUGAUAUUCUGUGGAAUAUUUGAUGGACAUGGACCAUGGGGUCAUUUUGUGGCGAAAAGAGUAAGAGAGACAAUGCCAAGAUCUUUGCUAUGCAAUUGGCAAGAGACACUUGCUGCACAAUCUUCAUCAUCACUUGAUAAUGAUCAUGUAAAGGAAAUUCCAGACAACAAGCAACAAAGAUUCAAUAUAUGGAAGCACUCUUACUUGAAGACAUGUGCUUCCAUCGAUCAAGAACUCGAACAUAGUCGAAAGUUCGACUCGUUUCACAGCGGAACAACUGCCCUCUCAAUUGUUAGACAGGGUGAAACGAUUAUCAUAGCAAAUGUUGGCGAUUCUCGUGCGGUAUUAGCUACAACAUCAGAUGAGGAUGAUGAUGGAAGUUUGGUAGCAGUUCAACUAACAGUUGAUUUCAAGCCGAAUUUACCUCAAGAAGCAGAGAGAAUAAAUCAGUGUCAAGGGCGCGUGUUCUGUUUAGAGGAUGAACCGGGCGUGCAUAGGGUAUGGUUACCGGACGUAGAAUCUCCGGGACUCGCCAUGUCAAGAGCUUUUGGUGAUUAUUGUCUUAAAGAAUAUGGUCUUAUUUCAGUGCCUGAAGUGACUCAAAGGAAUCUAAGCAGUAAAGAUCAGUUUGUUAUUCUUGCCUCUGAUGGGGUUUGGGAUGUGAUCUCGAAUCAAGAAGCCGUAGAUAUUGUAUCUUCGACAGAAGACAAAGCAAAAUCGGCUAAAUGUUUGGUGCAAUGUGCAGUUCAUGCAUGGAAACGUAAGAGACGGGGUAUUGCCAUUGAUGACAUUUCAGCUAUUUGUCUCUUUUUUCAUUCAUCUGAGCAAGUUAGCAGCACAAUUGAAACUCUUAAAUAGAUUAUCAUGUAAAAUGGGAUAGUGAAGCCAUAUUUGAUGAUGUUGAUGUAACCUUGGUCCAGUUAAGGUAGAAUGAUAAAGAAAUAGCAAUCUAUGUCCUCUUAUUUUUCUCUUA